ACCACAACUUGGCUCGACAAACAGAACAGGCGACAACGACGUAUCGACGCAUUCGCGCUGCCACCUUCGACGCAUCCGCGCCGGCGCAACUGAUUGAUCACUGCCAUGGCGGACCCUUCGCUGCCGCCUUCCAAUGCGGCGACAGGCAACGGAGCUCCAAAUGCUCACUGUCAGCUCGCUCGACUUCCAGAAGAACUGAUUUCCAACAUUUCGCUUCGUUUGCAGUCUGACGACGUGUUCGCGCUGCGACAGACCUGCGUUGAUAUCGAACGUAAAACCCUUCAUGAGUGGGCCAAGGAAUAUUUCGCCCAAAAAUGCUUUAUGUUCACGACCGAGUCACUGAAAGUUCUCGUCAACAUCGCCAAUAGCGUCAAACUCCGCGGUUAUCUGCACGAUGUCUACUUCAUUACGGCGCUCGUCAAAGAGCGACCAAAACACUGCCCACAUUCUUGCCUAGGUCACUGCUGGCAUCCAGGCGUGAGGCAACGCGAGGCCUUCAUCCUUUACUCGCGCGACCAGCAGAUGCUUAGACGGACCAAAGGCUUCAAAGCGUCCUUGGUUGAGGCAUUCAGCAAACUGCCGCGCAUGAAGCACCUCGCUUUGGUCGACAACACCUCAGACGUGCCACUGACUGCCGAAAUACGAGGGCUGAGCAAAUUUCAUCGGACGACCGGCACAACUCCUCAUUACGGGCCUUCAGAUGCAGCCACGCAACAGGCGCUGACUGAGCAUUUCGAGUGGCUGUCCCUGUGUUGGAAGGGUUUGCUUGUGGCUGUCGCUGACAGCGGCAUUCGAUCGCUGAAGGUGGUGGAGACGAGAACACGCAGCCACCUCCACGGACUCUCGCCGACUGAAGAUCUGAAGUUCAAGCCGAACACACUCGAGAAGCUCAGAACCGCAUUCGCCGAGCUUGAAGAUUUCAGAGUUCAGUUCCGGAGCUACGAUCUCCGCAAAGGACAUGACGACGAUAUCCAAGGUGCACGCACGGCUCUUGUCAAUUUCACACCUUUGCUUUCGAGUGUCGUCAACUACAGAUGGAGUUUUGAUCUCGCCGAUCCAACUGGCCUCAUGUGCAAGUCACUGGCUAGUGCAUUGGAUCUUACCAAAAUCAAGAAGAUCAAGCUCGACAGUAUUGUGAUCGAUGGCAAGACUAUGGCCACCAUCAUUGCAGGCAUGUGCAACGUUGAGAAGCUCAUGCUUCACGCGAUCGAUCUCAGCUCAGGCAACUGGGUCACAAUCCUCAAGGUCAUCAAGCAGCUGCCAAAGCUGCAGCACCUGCACCUAGAAUACCUACAACAGACUGCGCGAAAGGUUUACUUCUUGAAACAAUUGGACGAAGUCAUGCUUGCAGACGAAGCAGCUUGGGGACCUAUGCCGGAAAUGCAUGUCGAUCCAGAGGACGAGUGGACUGAAGAAGAAGACAGCGACGAUGAGCUUCCCGACCUCAUUCCCGAAAAUGAGGUUGAUUUGCCGCAGUCACACGAGGUCAGACCUGCCACUGCGGACGCGCUCCAGCCUGCAAGUACCACACAGACGGUACCCGCGAAGAAAUGCAGCAUGUACGAAGACAAAGACCACAAGGCACCAGGGCAAGAGCGAAUGCCAGAGAGGGGGUAUUUCAUCUGUCUCCCAUCUCUUGAAGAUAUCAAUGAGCAGCUGCCACGUUUCAUCGAGGAGUUCAAUCUAGGUCAAGACAUUCACGACGACGCAGGUGGUCUGAACGGCCUCAAUGGCCUUUUUGCUGCGCUUGGUGGUGGGCCAGUCGGAGGCGCACAUGGCGGAAUCGUGUUGCCAGUUCCAAUGGGACCGCCGCCGCCUGGUGGGCCACCACCUCCCGCGGGACCGCCUCCAGCUACUGGUAAUGCCCCGCAGGCGGCACAAGCUGCACCAGGUGGGCCAGCGGGACAGGGUGGACAACCCGGACAAGCUGGGCAACAGCAGCAUGGUUUAAAUCCACUGACAGCAACGCUGAACCAGAUACUUGCCGGAGGACCGCUGCCACCUGGUCAUCACCACCACACCUUCACGUUCCCCGUGCCUGUAUUCGGUCCUCCUGCGCCAAACACGAAUGCAACUCCUGGCCAACCUGGGGUGAACGCACAAGCUGCGGCCACUAAUACAACACCAACGCCGGUGAUACCGUCGACAUCCACGGCCGCUACAACAUCAGAGCAAGACUCUGCGUUUGCCGCUUUCGACGACGAAGACGAUGAGGAAUCGGAUGACGACUGGACUGACGAAGUCGAUUGAAGCCUUGAUAGAAGCAUCGUAAGAGAGGGGCAGGUCUGAGGGACCUCCUCGAAGCGUAUGCGUUGCAAAAGAUUGUGGAAAGGUCAGCAGCUCUCAGCAUAAUCCAGGUGCAUUAGCGACUUGCUAAUAAGGUCUUGCGCGCGCGGCUCCACAAGUUCAUGUGCUAAUAGUAAAAAUUAUACCCAUUGAGCGUUCAGAA